UUUAUCUUCUCGGAAUUCCUCGGAAGAGUUCCACUCGAAUCUGUAAACAAAGUAAUGGAGGGAAAUAUCUUUGCGUCCACAGAAACUGUCGAGUGUCCCUUGUGUUCUCAGAGUUUUCAACCUUCAGUAAUCAACAGACACGUGAACAAUUGCUUAAACAUCAGGGAUGACAACACCGAUUCGUCUGCAGCUAACGCUCCUCAAACUAAAAAGCGGAAGAGCACUGACGGCCCUGAAGCACCUCAGAAAUCUGCAUGGGGCAGUCUGAAGCCCCCAAAAGGAACAUCAGCCCCAAGUGCAAAAAAGGUGAAAUCAGGAUCACCGAAGAAAACUCAGUCCAAGAAAGGCGUAAAUCACAACGAUGCUCAAAGUGACGAUUACAGUCCAAAUGCCGAAAAUAGUCCAUAUCUUGAAAAGAAACGGGUGAAGUCUAACAACAUUCCAGUGUUUGGUGCUCCACGGAGACCUGACAAGUCUGACAGUAUUAGUGGCACCGUACCUCUGGCAGAGAAAUUACGACCACUCAGUUUAGAUGACUAUGUAGGGCAAGAAAAGGCUGUUGGGAAGAAAAGCAUACUUCGAAAUUUGUUGAAAAGUAAUGAUAUUCCAUCCAUGAUUUUGUGGGGUCCGCCGGGUUGUGGAAAGACAACUUUAGCCAAAAUCAUCGCAAAUGGCUGUAAAACAAAGGGCAAAUACAAGUUUACUCCAAUGUCAGCAACAACAGCAGGAGUCAGUGAUGUUAAGGAAGCUGUCAAAAUAGCCAAGAAUGAGCAGAAGUCCCUGGGGAGAAAAACCAUACUCUUUUUGGAUGAAAUUCACAGGUUCAACAAAUUACAGCAGGAUGCCUUAUUGCCCCAUGUUGAGGAUGGGACUAUUGUACUCAUCGGAGCAACAACAGAAAAUCCAUCCUUUCAGGUCAACAGUGCUCUUCUCAGCAGGUGCAAGCUAAUCGUUCUGGAGAAGCUGGAUGUCGGUCAUAUUGAGAAGAUCUUAAAGAGGGCAUGUGAAAACAUCUCAGCACAGAUAUUUAGAAAGGAUGAGGAAAUUGAAGAAAGUGAUGAGGUUGAUGCAUGGAUUGAGAAGGACGCCAUCAAAAGCCUCGCCAACUUGUGUGAUGGGGAUGCCAGAUGUGCCUUAAACAGCCUCCAGAUGGCGAUACAGUCACAGAGAGCUGAACAGGAUGGAAUGGUGGUGGUGACAGCAGACGACAUCAGAGAUGUUUUACAAAGGGCCCAUGUUCUCUAUGAUAGAGCAGGAGACGAACACUACAAUAUAAUUUCCGCCUUGCACAAGUCUAUUCGAGGAUCUAGUGAAAGUGCUGCCCUCUACUGGCUGGCCAGGAUGUUGGAAGGCGGAGAAGACCCACGUUACAUUGCGAGGAGGCUAAUCAGAAUAGCCAGCGAAGAUAUUGGUUUGAGUGACCCUCAGGCCCUGAAUCAGGCUGUGUCUGCCUACCAAGCUUGCCAUUUUGUCGGGAUGCCUGAGUGUGAUGUGAACCUGGCCCAGUGUGUGGUGUAUUUGGCGCGCGCACCCAAAGACGUGGAGGUAUACCAGGCUUACAACAGAGCCAAGCACUCCGUUGCCAACCAAAAGGGACCGCUGCCCUCCGUUCCGCUUCACUUACGGAAUGCUUCAAAUAAAGUCCUGAAAUCAUUAGGAUAUGCCAAAGGAUACAAGUACAAUCCGAAUUAUGACGGUCCGGUGGAACAGGAAUAUUUUCCACCUGAACUCAAAGGCACAGACUUCUUUGUAUAAAAUACAAGAAUUAACAUUUACAAAUGCAUACCCAUUGUAUGCAGAACUUUGAAAAAUACAGAUUUGGAGGUAUAUUACAGAGAUAUUCAUUGUUAGUUAUUUAGUCAACUCUAUGCCUUAUAUGUAGGUCUUCAAUAAAGGACACCACAUCUCUUGUA